ACUCCAGCAUCUAGCUUCUCUUUCAACUAGCACAUCAUCUAGUUUCCAUAUAAUGUUUGUCCUCUGAAAUCAAAGAGAGUUUCCUCUUUCAAAACCUUCAUACAAACUUGGAACUGUUUACAGAAUUGAGGAAAUUAAGCACUACCCCUUCAGAUAGAGCAGCUCUCUUUACUUGAUUGAAGCGAUCAUCAAACUUAUGGGUAUCAAACAGAAAUCACGGAGCUAGCAUACUGAACAAAGAAACUUUAGUCUGAGUAACAAAACCACAGAGAUAUUACAGGAAAAAAGGAGUAAGCAAUUUACCUUUUUGUUCAGAAGAUCAUAUCCCUAGGGAAACUGUUUUCCCCUCAAUUAUGAGAAACAUUAUAAGAUGAUUACAAGAGAAGUAAACAAGCAAGAGGGAGAUCCAAAUAAAGAUGGCAAUAAGAGCACUCCAAAUAAUAAGGCUUCUUCUUCAUCUAAUUCAACAACAUCAUGGACAAGACUAAAAGAUCCAAGAAUUGUUCGUGUUUCGCGAGCUUUUGGAGGAAAAGAUAGGCACAGUAAAGUUUGCACUGUAAGAGGGCUAAGAGAUCGACGAGUAAGGCUUUCGGUUCCAACUGCUAUUCAAUUAUAUGAUCUUCAAGACAGAUUAGGGCUUAAUCAACCUAGCAAAGUUGUUGAUUGGUUGCUUAAUGCAGCUAAGCAUGAAAUUGAUGAAUUGCCUCCAUUGCAAAUUCCACCGGGGAGUUUGAACCCAAAUCUUUAUUCUAUGUUAGGAAUUGGAGGUUCUCAAAUUAAUAAAGAGGUCGGUCUUAAGAACACGAGUAGUACCAGCAUCAAUUGGGAUGUUCCAUUGGAACCAUCAAAUAAUGUUGCUUUACCAUAUAAUUCUAAUUUCUUGAAAUGGGAUCCUUCAAAUUUAUCCCUAGCUCAUUCAGAAAAUCAUCAUAAUGUGACUUCAUCAUCUCAUCAACAUGAAGAUAUUCACAACUUCAAUGUAAUGUCUAUGCCAAUAGGUUCACAAGUUCUUGUUUAUCCACAAGGAUUACCACAAUCAUUUUUCCAUCCACAUAAUAUUAAUGCUGGAGCAUCAUCAGAUCAGUUUGAUCCGAGAGAAAUCAACUUUCAAAUGUUGAGUUCAGAAAAUCCCAUGUCAAGUGCUAAUUCCUUUAGACAUUCUAUUGACUCCACUAACCAAUCUCAUGUAAGACCUUUCCAUUUUCUACCAUCUCAAAAUAGUGAAGGAAGGGAGCCUAACGAGGAUAGGGAGUUUCAUAAUUCCAAUUGAGAUUGUUGUUGAUGAUCCUUUCUGUUGAAGACAGUAUUAAGUAUAAAACAUAGUGUGCGUCGUCUUUCAGAGCUUGAGCUUUUACAUAAAAUGAUUACAUACUUGAGCAUAAUAUCAGAGCAAAUAAAGAUCAGUGAUCAGACAGAGUGAUUUUGUUAUACUUCGGAUGUUUCAUUUUUAUGAAUUAGCUUCAUUAAGCUGCGGGCUAUUCAAGACUAGAGGUAUGUGACUCAUUGCCUGAACAGUUCCAUACCGGCAUUAUAAAAUAACAAAUAUGGGUUCUUUUUUAAAUUCUGCUGAUAAUUCCUAUAUAUGAAAUCCAUUGGUAUAAUACCCAUGAAUGGAAAUCUCCAUGUUUGAGAUCACUUGUUUUAUUUCAAUGUACACCAAGAUCAGAGUUGUAUUCUUAUGUUAUAUUAUAGCGUUGUAAGGAUAGAAGGCAAUAUAUAUAUCUUUUUGGCAUCAGGCUA